CGCGCCCUACCCGGAUGCUCCGCUACACGCUGGUUUUGGGGUUAUCCGUUCUCUCGCGCGUCUCGCAGCCGGUUUCAGCACUACACUCAAUGGGAACAGCUCUCGCCUGCUUUGACUCAGUUUUGCGACAGUCUCGAGAGACGCGUUGCGACCCGCGCGUGCGUUACCACUGAACGGCAGUCGGCGCAAGUCGGACCGCAUGCUGGAGCACCGGCUCGUCACGGACACACUUGCCGUGGACGCCAAAGCUCGGCUCUGACGCGUGAUGGCGGAGUGCGGGCGGAGGGCGCUGUCGCUGCUCGAGGCGGCCCGCUCGCGCUACGAGAGCUUGCAGAUUUCGGACGACGUGUUCGGCGAGUCGGGAGACGACAGCAGUGAGAACCCGUUCUACAGCACCACCGGAGACUCCAACUCGGACAGCUGUCCAGAGCCGAGCGGUGCAGGGGCCGGCGGCGGCGGAGCGCGCGCUCAUCCCGGCUCGGCCUGUGCCGGACAGUCGGAGCUGAAAGAGGGAGAAGAGGAGGAAGGAUGGAACGAUGCGCUGCAGGACACCGACACCCCCCACUAUAAUGACACGCACGGUCCCACGCAGAAAAUGCCGGCCACUGCCACAGCCAUGGACUUCUUCCAGCUCUUCGUACCCGACAAUGUUAUUCAGAACAUGGUGACUCAGACCAACAUGUAUGCUAAGAAGUACCAGGAGCGCUUUGGCAGUGAUGAAGGAUGGAGCAAUGUGACACCGGCUGAGAUGAAAGCCUUCCUGGGCUUUGUGAUCUCCACCAGCGUGCACCGCUGUGAAUCCGUCCUGAGCAUCUGGAGCAGCGGCUUCUUCAGCAACCGCAGCAUAGCACUCAAAAUGAGCCAGGCACGCUUCGAGAAGAUCCUUAAGUACUUCCAUAUCGUGGCCUUCCGUUCAAGCCAAGGUGGAAACCAGGGCCUUUACAAGAUCCAGCCCUUCCUGGACUCACUGCAGCAGAGCUUCAGCUGUGCCUUCCGACCCUCACAAACACAGGUUCUACACGAGCCCCUGAUCGAUGAGGACCCUGUGUUCAUCACAACAUGCACGGAGAGGGAGCUGCGCAAGAGGAAGAAGAGGAAGUUCAGCCUAUGGGUCCGACAGUGCAGCUCCACUGGCUUCAUCUGUCAGAUUUAUGUACAUCUGAAGGAGGGCUCUGGUCCAGAUGGACUCGACACACUGAAAAACAAGCCGCAGCUCCACAGUCUGGUGGCCAGGCAGCUCUGCCAAAACCUGUCUGGACGUAACGCCAUCAUUUUCACCGGGCCAAGUAUCACCAGUCUCAGCCUGUUCCAGGAGUUUGAGAAUCAGGAUAUCUACUGCUGUGGGCUGCUAAGCACCAGGAAGAGUGACUGCACCGGUCUGCCCGGGUCCAUGCUGCGUAACCCUGAGGGCCCCCAGCAGCGUGGCCAGUCCCACAUCAAGAUGAACGGCAACAUGUCACUAAUCAGCUGGUACAACAAGGGCAACUUUCGGUUUCUCUCCAAUGCCUACUCGCCCAUCAAGCAAGGUGUGAUCAUCAAGAGGAAGAGUGGAGAAAUCCCUUGUCCUCUGGCUGUGGAAGCUUUCGCUGCACAUCUCAGUUACAUCUGCAAAUACGAUGACAAGUACAGCAAGUACUUCAUUUUCCAUAAACCCAACAAGACGUGGCAGCAGGUCUUCUGGCUCACCAUCAGCAUCGCCAUCAACAAUGCCUACAUCCUCUACAAGAUGUCCGACGCGUAUCAAGUUAAACGUUACAGCCGUGCCCAGUUCGGCGAGAGGCUCGUCAAGGAGUUACUGGACUUGGAUGACUGCUCACCUACAGAGUGAAGUGACCGCAUGCUGUCCAACACGCACAUCUACACAUCCACCCACACACACACAGCCAAUCAGGCAUAGACAGUGACAGCCACAGACCUGAGGCUGUUAGACUUUUUCACACCUUGUGUCCGUGACAAAUCAAAGCCGUGCCAAGUGUAUUUAAAAUCAUCAGUCCUCACAGUCUCUCCAUGAUAAACCUACCUUCUACUGUACACCACAGGACCCUGUAUAUACAGUAAGCCACCCGACUGUCUCUGUGUCCUCCUGCUGCAUGAUGAAUGUGAGCGUACAACCCUGUAAGUGUGUAAUGAUUUUUAUGACAUAGUGUUUGUGCAGUCUGAACCCUGUGGUAAACCGUUUUGUGGAUUUGCUCCUGUACGUCGAACGAACAACACUGAUUUACAAAAACAAAAAACAAUAAAAUCAAAAUACACACAGCGAUGAAGAUUCAAGAAGAAAAUGAAAAAAAAAAAAUUAUUUCAAAAAGUCAUGUCCAUUCAUUAAAACGGAAGCUUGAAAGUCUUCCAAAUUUUCUUGUCAUUUUUUUUUUCGUAAUGUAGCUUUAUUUUAGUAUAGCUGUUACAGUUGAAUGCAAAAGUUUGUAUACCUUUAGGACAAAAUGAUUUACAGCAGCAGGAUAUUUUGUGUGUCACAGUGUGUGUGUGGUUCCUUAGCCUGAAAAAACUCUAAUAAUACAUG